AUGUAUUUUCAACAAGACGGUGCACCAGCACACAACGCCAUCAUUGUUAAAAAUUAUUUAAAUGAAAUUUUUCCUAACCAAUGGAUUGGUACCCAUGGAGUAAUUCCAUGGCCAGCAAGAUCUCCAGACUUGACCCCAUUGGAUUUUUUUUUAUGGGGGCAUUUAAAAAAUGUUGUAUAUGCAGAUCCACCUAUUAAUCUCCAAGAUUUAAAAAUCAAAAUACGACUGGCUUGUAGUAAUUUGAGAAGAGAACAAAUAAAUGCUGCCACAUCAACGGAAUUAUUAAAACGUUUGGAAUCAUGUUUGGAACAUCAAGGUGGAAACUUCGAACAAUUUAUCAGAUAG